AGAGAUGUUUGCCAGCACCAUCGUUGGCGCUUGGGGCCAUGCAUGCAGGUGCGAAGAUGUCAGACGGGGAGGCGGGAUUUCCUCCAGCGUCGCAGAUGGGAAAAAGAAAAUCACCCGAGAGCCAGGAGCGGUCGUUACACACACAUACACACACACACACACAUUCACGCUUUCACGCCAUGUCAUCGACCGUCGACCACCCCGCGGAUCCAUAACUCUACUUACGGUGACUAGCGAUCCAAGAACCCCAUCCGAGGCAAAGCGUUCGCGGCGGCGGGGACCCGUUUGUAAAAAAACGACGGGCGCAUGCGGGCUUGGGUACUCACGAAAAACCCUAGCCGGCCGUCUUGCCACGACACGCCGCAUCCGCGACGAAGACACGACUGCGAGGGAGAGGGAGGGUGCUAAAGUGGGCGUCAAGACAAGCUUCCCGCCAUCCGUCGUCGUACACACACGAUCCCCCCCGUCUUAAGCGGACUUGGACAUGCCCGGCAGCUCGUGUAUUGCCUCUCCAACCC